AUGUUGCCCAGGAGUUUUACUGAUAAGAUCCAAGGUAAUGUAAGCAAGCUUAGCUUCUGGAAGUCUCCUCCUCAAGGCAAAAAUUGGAAAUCUAAAUCUAUGAGGAUUAUUCCGGAAGAAUUUAUGAGAAGCACAGAGGGGGGAAUUGAGCACAGGUUGGUGUGUAGUGCUUCUUGGGGCAAUUCCUGGCAGUUCUGGCUCCAGCGAGAAAAGAAAGGUCUGGUUAUUCUAAAAGAAGAUUGGGAUGAUUUUGUGGAUCAGAACCUUUUAGGUCCGAAUGAUGUCUUGUUCUUCGCACACGAGGAGAUCAUGUUUCUUCAAGUGCGGAUCUUUAAGAAAGAUGGGAAAGAGAUCAUCGAGGCGCCUGUUGAACAUGAACCCGAAACUGAACCGUUUCACCUUACGCCCCAGAAUGCUUACCAGGAGACAACCCCUGCAUCUGCUUCUGCAAGUGGAGGAACAUGGUUGAAUUUUUCAGCAAGUGGAGGAACAGAUGGUCGAGCGAGACGGGGUUCUGGUUCUUGUGAUGUCAAUAACCCCGAGCGAUAUCUCCUGAAUCCGAAAAACCCUUUCUUCGUGAAGACACUGACUAAAAAGAACGACGUUCUGUAUGUGCCCAAACCGACGAUUUAUAAGUAUGGCUUGAUGUUUGGUCCCACGAAUUCCGCGAUGAGUUACCUUCUUCCCGAAGGAAAAGAGGAGGGCUGGACUAAGAUCUAUGGCAAUAGCCCUUGUUUCAAUGGCUGGACGAAUAUAUGUCGAAAGCACAAUCUGAAUAUUGGAGACUCUGUUGUUUGUGAACUCGAACUCUCAGGAGGUGUCGUCGCCGCUGUUAGACUGCAUUUCCCCAAUAAAUGA